UGUGGGCUGGUGCCAGUAGCUGAAUGAUGUCCCUCUGUGACUCUCGGGAUUCUCCAAUGACCAAAAUGAGUCCCUGGAGGAUUAGUCUUCUGGUCCUUGCAUUAGUUGUCUACAUCAUUACUCUGGUUUUGAAUGCUCUUGCAGGACGAGGAUCACAAUCAGGUCCUUUUUAUCAGUCUGUUGGAAACGUAUCAAAGAAAUACAAUACUGAGUUGACCCCUGCAGGAUGGACCUUCUCUAUUUGGGGAGUCAUUUAUACCUGGCAAGCUGUAUGGCUUCUCUAUGCAUGCAUUGGAUUAUGCAGAAGGAGUGCCCUUACAUGGAUGCCUUCCAUACUGUCCUGCCCUUUUUACGUUGUUUGGAUUACAAACAAUCUUUUGAACAUAAGUUGGAUUUUUCUUUGGGAUAGAGAGUACAUUAUUCCUGCACUCGCUUUCCUUGCUUUGAUUGCUUUCACCAGUUAUGUGGCUUUAUUCUUUACCUAUCGUGCCCUACAUACUCAGCUCCCAUGGAUGCAAAAGUACCGAAAGAUUGAUAUGUGGCUUGUCAGAAUACUGAUACAGAAUGGAGUGGCUGUUUAUGCGACAUGGACAACCAUAGCAACACUGAUCAACUUUGCUGUCGUACUAACUUAUAGUGGAUGUAUCUCAAAUGUGACCUCUGGUACAGUUUCACUCUCCAUCCUGGCCUUUGAGGUCAUUUUAUGGUUCUAUUUGGAAAAUGUUGUGCUUGAUCAAUAUGUGCGUUACACACUUACUGUCUAUCCAGUUGUUAUUGUGGCAUUAUCAGGAUCUUUAGACAAAAAUUACAAUGCCAUAUCUCCAACCAGAAACAACAUCUAUAUUGCUAUACUGUUAGCCGUUGCCUGCACUGCCUUUGUAGCACGCAUUGUCAUAGUGACUUGGAAACAUUUCAAACGUCCUCUACAUCAGAACAUGGAGGAUUGAGGUUUCUGUGGAAAAGUGAUUCAAGUGAAACAAUAAAAGGGGUUCACUGCCAAAAACAAAGUGGUAGCAGAAAAUCUAAGCUGUAGCUGAUUAACAAGUUUUAAAGGAUACUUCAGACAGCAGUAAAAUCAUUGCUUAUUGAAAUCCUAAUCCUAAAAUUUGUGCUAGUCACCCGGUUGUCCAUUAUAAUGCUGUGGUGAUGAUAUACAUUCAUACCCAGACAGGAUCCUCACUUCAUCCAUUAUAGUUUGUUAUCACUUCAUCCAGUGAAAUGAUUCAUCAAGAAAAAAGGAGUAACUCAAUCCUGCAGUUGGAUAAAUUAACAUUUGAGAAGAUUUGUGCAUUUUGGUAGAAUUUUUGCUCUGGAUGGUUGAUGAUGGAUUGUUAUAGGUAGCAGUAAAUUAGCCUGUUUAUCUCAGCUGAACAUUUAGAAUAGCCUUUAUAGUCACAUAUACUCAAUGAGUAUAGUGAAAAGUUUAUCGGUCACCAAUUAGAGUGCAUGAUAGCAGCCAGAUGACUGUAAGACCGUAAGACAUAGGAGCAGAUUUAGGCUAUUCAGUCCAUCACAUCAGUUCUGCUAUUCAACGAGAUCACGAUUGACAUGAUAAUCAUCAACUCCACUCUCCUACCUUUUCCCCAUCUCUCUUAAUUCCCUUCCUGAUUAAAAAUCUGUCUAUUUCACCAUUGAAUAUAUGUGAUGACCCUGUGGUAAAGAAAUUCAUAGAUUCACUACCCUCAGAAGAAAUUUCUCCUCAUCUCUUCUUGAAUGUGUAACCUGUUACUUUGAGAUUAUGCCCUUUAGCUCUAGACUGUCAUAAAGGGGAGACAACAUCUCGGCAUCUCCUCAAGACCCCUAAGAAGCUUAUCUGUUUCAAUAAGGUCUCCUAUCAUUCUUCCAAACUCCAAUGAGGCCCAACCUACUCAACCUCUUCACAUAAAACAGCACCUCCAUACCCAGGAUCAGCCUAUUGAACAAAAACAAAGUUGCUGGAAAAACUCAGCAGCCUCGUGAAUCUUCCUUGGAUUGUUUCCAAUGCUACCAUAUCUUUCCUUAGAUAAGGGGCCCAAAGCUGUUCGCAGUAUUCCAGAAUAUCUGAGAGUCAAAAGCAAAAUACCUCAUAGAAUAUGAGUUCCCUAAUUGGGACUUUUAACCUGGUCCAAUCAGGGAGUUCUGGCUGACAGAUAUAGACAGGAGUGUCAGGGUUCUGCUCACUGGGAGCCAGCUCUCAGCUAGCUGGGUCUGUAUCAUGUACUAUGCACGUGGAAAUAAAGGGUGACUUGGUGACGGGAUACUGGCUUUUGUGGAGUUAUUUCAAUGAAGAUGAGAGAGAAACAUGCCCCUGAAGAGACUCUCUCGCAACAGUCGUCUUUGAGUUGAGGUAAGCAUUUCUGGCAUCAUGCAGGUAUAUGGGAAGUUUGACUUCUUCGAUCCUGCCGUUGAAGAUUGAAUACAGUAUGUGGAAAGAAUGCAGUCUUUUUCCAGGCAAAUGCUUUUGGGGCAGACAAAAAACAAUGAGUAAUUCUCCUGACAGCUUGUAGACCCGCAGCUUUUUCAGAUAUUGGGACUAAACUUUCUCUGAGGCACCAGAUGCUCGAAUGUUUCAAGAGGUAAUGCAUUUAGUUAUGGAAUAUUAUGACCCCAAGUCUCCUGUAAUGAUGAGAUGCUGUUAGGUUUAUUCGACAGUUCAAGAACCAGGAGAAUCCAUAUGUGGAUUUUUGAUGAGGUUAAGACAACUGAAAGAGGCACGUAAUUUUGGUUUAAACCUAAGUGAAAUGCUGAGAGAUCAUUUGUGGGAUUAAUGAUGUAACCAUGCAAAACUACCUAUUAGCUGAAACCCAACUGGACUUCAAGUAGGCACUACAACAGGCUUUAUCAAUAGAAAAUGUGGCAAGUGAAGCUUACGAGUUGCAGGGUAUUCUGACAGAAGUGGACACCCUUGCCAG